CAAAAUUUCAAAAUACUGUGACAACAUUGACGUAUGUUAUGGGGGUGUCUCCGCUUCCCUGGGAAUGCUGAAGCUGUGCAACUGGUAACAAUACCAACAAUAUUGCAGCUUGGGCUGGAGCUGACCCAGUAGGUUAACUGAGAUUCUCCGUAUCUGUCUAAAACAACGAUUGGAUAAAGUACAUAGAGGUUUGGUCCUUUCAUUAAAAGCCCACAAGAACAAGAAAAACAACAAGAAGAAGAGCUUCGUCAUUUUCAAUGGAGAAGAGCAACGGUACGCGAGUGAUUCUCUUCCCUUUGCCAUUACAAGGCUGCAUAAACCCUAUGCUUCAGCUCGCCAACAUCCUUUACUCGAGAGGUUUCUCCAUCACUGUCGUCCACACGCGCUUCAACGCUCCAAAAGCUUCAAACCAUCCUCUCUUCGCCUUCUUAGAGAUUUCAGAUGGCUUGUCUGAAUCCCAGAUCAACGACGAUCCUACCUCUAACGUUAUGUCCCUCCUCGCGCAAAUCAACGUCAACGCUGAGACCCCGUUUCGUGACUGCUUGCAGAAGCUGUUGCUUCGAGUGUCUGAGAGGGUUAGCUGUUUGAUCGAUGAUUGCGGAUGGCUCUUCACACAGUCUGUCGCAGAGGGUUUGAAUAUCCCGAGGCUUGUUCUCUCUACUUUCAAAGCCACUUUCUUGAAUGCUUAUCCUAUUCUCCCGUGUGUCCGAACCAAAGGCUAUCUUCCAGUUUCAGAUUCGGAAGCAGAGGACUCUGUUCUUGAGUUCCCUCCUCUUCUAAAGAGAGAUCUUUCAAGGCUUUACGGUGAAUUUGGAGAGAAACUCGAUCCAUUCAUAGAUACUAUUGUCGACACGACGAUGAGAUCUUCAGGUCUUGUAUUCAUGUCCUGCGAAGAGCUGGAGAAAGAUUCUUUGACUCUUUCCAACGAAAUCUUCAAGGUCCCAGUCUUUGCGAUUGGUCCGUUUCACAGCUAUUUCUCUGCUUCGUCUAGUAGCCUUUUCAGACAAGACGAGACUUGCGUUCACUGGUUAGAUAACCAAGAGGAUAAGUCCGUUAUCUACGUGAGUCUAGGAAGCGUUGUGAACAUAACCGAAUCAGAGUUUUUGGAGAUUGCUUGGGGUUUAAGCAACAGCAAACAGCCUUUCUUGUGGGUGGUACGACCAGGCUUAAUCUUAGGCGCGGAGUGGAUCGAACCGCUCUCGGAAGAGCUCGUGAGGAGCCUCGAAGAGAAAGGGAAGAUAGUGAAAUGGUCUCCACAGCAGGAGGUUCUUGCGCACCGAGCCGUUGGAGGGUUCUUGACACACAACGGUUGGAACUCGACGCUUGAGAGUAUAUGCGAAGGGGUACCAAUGAUCUGUUUACCUGGAGGUUGGGAUCAGAUGCUGAAUGCAAGAUUUGUGAGCGAUGUUUGGAGGGUUGGAAUCCACUUGGAGGGUCAGAUAGAGAGGAAGGAGAUCGAGAAAGCUGUGAGGAUGUUAAUGGUGGAAAGCGAAGGAGCAAAGAUUCGUGAGAGGAUGAAUGUUUUGAAAGAUGAAGUUGGGAGAUCGGUUAAAGAUGGUGGCUCUUCAGUUCGAUCUAUAGAAACCCUAGCGAAUCAUAUACUUUCGCUGUAACGUUUCCUCUAAAAUUCAAAACAUUUCUCAAUGUUGUCUUGAUUGUGGAAUAACUUGAUGUAAUCGAGUUACCUAAUGUAAGUGAUGUAAUCGAAAAAUUUCAAUAAACUUGUUUGUUUUAUUGCAAAACAA